AUGGCGGGCACUUGGUAUUCUAGCAUUUCUACCCUUGACCCGCCGAUUACAGGGAUAUUCGCAUCACUUUGCAGUGGGUCGCAGAUGGUGGAUUACAGCGGAGUCAGCUACACUGGUCAACUCUCCUGGGUCAUUCUGGAAAUGCCGAACCGCCAGAUUUACACCUAUCAGUCCCAUCCUUAUCUUCCCGCACCGACUGCUAAGGAAUUGGAGGACUGGUCCCAACCAGUCAUUCACAGAACUCCUGCUGAUUAUACUACACAACCGAUGACUAACGUGGUGAUUUCACACCCACCCACGUUCAACAUCCUAGGACGCCAGUACGACGGCUGGGAUUCUCUCUUCAGCAAAUGUGGAGUAUAG